GAGUCUCACUCUGUCACCCAGGCUGGAGUGCAAUGGUGCAAUCUCUGCUCACUGCAACCUCUGCCUCCUGGGUUCAAGCAAUUCUUCUGCCUCAGCCUCCCAAGUAGCUGGGAUUACAGGCACCCGCCACCACACCCAGCUAACUUUUGUAUUUUUAGUAGAAACGGGUUUUCGCCAUGUUGCCCAGGCUGGUCUCAAUCUCCUGGGCUCAAGUAGUCCUCCCGUCUCGGUCUCCCAAAGUGCUGGGAUUACAGGACAGGUACCUAAAGAUGGGAAUGAGGAUUCUCUGAGAUGAGAGAGUAACAGGGACCCCAGAGCCCGAUCUGGAAGCUUUUGUCCUCAUUCUGGCCCUGAGGGCAGUGAAUGCAGAUCAGAGGUCAUUGAUAGCAGGCUUGAUUUUUAUCUGCAUUGAUGGGUUCAGCAUAAAUGGACCAGAACAGUAAGAGUGCAAAAAACAAACAGACAAAAAACAACAAAAACACAAACCUUGGGUUGGCUAUUGUAAAAAGACUGGCACAUCACCUUGUGCUUUAGUUUCAAGUGAUCUUUAGUUUGAACUUUUGUUUUACUCCCACAUGUUCUUUUUAAAAAAUUCCAAACUCAUGGGUCAUGAUUUGAAGAAAAUUUCCCUUCCUCCUGCCUGGCGCACAAGGUAACGUCAAAAGCUGGGACAGGGAACAGGGCAGCAAGCAGACAUUGACCUUUACCUCCCAGCUCCUCUCUCCCACCCCUUUUCUGCUGGGCAUAGAGGAUUAGAACUGCUUCCUCCUGUGGUUUACCAGAAAACGCUCUGCGGCUGGAGCUUCAGCACAGGCUGGGUCUGCAGUGCCGGGUCUGUUUGGGGACAGCUGCACGCCUCUUCCACUUGUGGGAGAACAAAGGCCGGAACCUGCAUUCUGAUCCAAACCCCCUGGCCCCCACCUUCUGGGAUGUUAGCAGAGCCUUUUAACUGGCACCCAGGCAUGUGGAAUAUGCUCAUAGUGGCGAUGUGCUUGGCCCUUCUGGGCUGCCUACAAGCCCAGGAGCUCCAGGGACAUGUCUCCAUAAUCCUGCUGGGAGCAACUGGGGACCUGGCUAAGAAGUACUUAUGGCAGGGACUGUUCCAGCUGUACCUGGAUGAAGCAGGGAGGGGUCACAGUUUUAGCUUCCAUGGAGCUGCUCUGACAGCCCCCAAGCAGGGUCAAGAGCUCAUGGCCAAGGCCCUGGAAUCCCUCUCCUGCCCCAAGGACAUGGCACCCAGUCACUGUGCAGAGCACAAGGAUCAGUUCCUGCAGCUGAGCCGGUACCGCCAACUGAAGACGGCUGAGGACUAUCAGGCCCUGAACAAGGACAUCGAGGCACAGCUCCAGCACGCAGGCCUCCGGGAGGCUGGCAGAAUCUUCUACUUCUCGGUGCCACCCUUCGCCUAUGAAGACAUUGCCCGCAACAUCAACAGCAGCUGCCGGCCAGGCCCGGGCACCUGGCUGCGGGUUGUCCUUGAGAAACCCUUUGGCCAUGACCACUUCUCAGCCCAGCAGCUGGCCACAGAACUCGGGACCUUUUUCCAGGAGGAGGAGAUGUACCGGGUGGACCAUUACUUAGGCAAGCAGGCUGUGGCGCAGAUCCUGCCCUUCCGAGACCAGAACCGCAAGGCUCUGGGCAGCCUCUGGAACCGGCAACACGUGGAGCGGGUGGAGAUCGUCAUGAAAGAGACCGUGGAUGCCGAAGGCCGCACCAGCUUCUACGAGGAGUACGGUGUCAUUCGCGACGUCCUCCAGAACCAUCUGACGGAGGUCCUCACCCUCGUGGCCAUGGAGCUGCCGCACAAUGUCAGCAGUGCGGAGGCUGUGCUGCGGCACAAGCUUCAGGUCUUCCAGGCGCUGCGGGGCCUGCAGAGGGGCAGUGCCAUCGUGGGCCAGUACCAGUCUUACAGCGAGCAGGUGCGCAGAGAGCUGCAGAAGCCAGAUAGCUUCCACAGCCUGACGCCGACCUUCGCAGCCGUCCUAGUGCACAUCGACAACCUUCGCUGGGAGGGCGUGCCUUUCAUCCUGAUGUCUGGCAAAGCCUUGGACGAGAGAGUGGGCUACGCUCGGAUCUUGUUCAAGAACCAGGCCUGCUGUGUGCAGAGCGAAAAGCACUGGGCCGCGGCGCAGAGCCAGUGCCUGCCCCGGCAGCUCGUCUUCCACAUCGGCCACGGCGACCUGGGCAGCCCUGCCGUGCUGGUCAGCAGGAACCUGUUCAGGCCCUCCCUGCCCUCCAGCUGGAAGGAAAUGGAGGGACCACCUGGGCUCCGCCUUUUCGGCAGCCCUCUGUCCGAUUACUACGCCUACAGCCCUGUUCAGGAGCGGGACGCCCACUCCGUCCUCUUAUCCCAUAUCUUCCAUGGCCGGAAGGAUUCCUUCAUCACCACAGAGAACUUGCUGGCCUCCUGGGACUUCUGGACCCCUCUGCUGGAGAGCCUGGCCCAUAAGGCCCCACGCCUCUACCCUGGAGGAGCUGAGAACGGCCGUCUGUUGGACUUUGAGUUCAGUAGCGGCCGGUUGUUCUUUUCCCAGCAGCAGCCGGAGCAGCUGGUGCCAGGGCCAGGGCCGGCCCCAAUGCCCAGUGACUUCCAGGUCCUCAGGGCCAAGUACCGAGAGAGCCCGCUGGUCUCCGCCUGGUCCGAGGAGCUGAUCUCUAAGCUGGCUAAUGACAUCGAGGCCACCGCUGUGCGAGCCGUGCGGCGCUUUGGCCAGUUCCACCUGGCGCUGUCGGGGGGCUCGAGCCCCGUAGCCCUGUUCCAGCAGCUGGCCACGGCGCACUAUGGCUUCCCCUGGGCCCACACGCACCUGUGGCUGGUUGACGAGCGCUGCGUCCCACUCUCGGACCCGGAGUCCAACUUCCAGGGCUUGCAGGCCCACCUGCUGCAGCACGUCCGGAUCCCCUACUACAACAUCCACCCCAUGCCUGUGCAUCUGCAGCAGCGGCUCUGCGCCGAGGAGGACCAGGGCGCCCAGAUCUACGCCAGGGAGAUCUCAGCCCUGGUGGCCAACAGCAGCUUCGACCUGGUGCUGCUGGGCAUGGGUGCCGACGGGCACACAGCCUCUCUUUUCCCACAGUCGCCCACCGGCCUGGACGGCGAGCAGCUGGUCGUGCUGACCACGAGCCCCUCCCAGCCACACCGCCGCAUGAGCCUUAGCCUGCCUCUCAUCAACCGUGCCAAGAAGGUGGCUGUCCUGGUCAUGGGCAGGAUGAAGCGUGAGAUCACCACGCUGGUGAGCCGGGUGGGCCAUGAGCCCAAGAAGUGGCCCAUCUCGGGUGUCCUGCCACACUCCGGCCAGCUGGUAUGGUACAUGGACUAUGACGCCUUCCUGGGAUGAGGGCGCCUGUGCCCCUUGCCCGCUCCGCUCCUGUGCUUUCCUUCGCCCGUGUCUUCCCUCCCUUCUCGGCCCCACCACCUGCCCAGCGUGCCCUGGCUCUCCAGAACCUUCUGUCCCACAGUCAGGCCCCAGAGAGGGCAGGACAAGGCCUUGUCCCAAUGCCUUUGACCGGCAGCUCUGUGUAGUGGUGGAUAGAUGCAGAAACAAGGAAGAAAUGGAGUCUGCUCCUGAGAAGCUUCAAAUCCAGGCCAGGAGAGAGUCUUAAGAAAAGACCUCCAGCAGUUACACAUUCAUAUCAGCCAGCACAACAAGGGAUGGCGCUCAAACUCCGGCGUUCACAAGAGGAGACGUGGUGGGCUGAGGUUAAUCAGGGAAGGUUUCCUGGGGGAGGUGAUCCUUGAACUGGCUCCCGGGGAACAUUCAGAGCAUGAUUGGUGGACAGAAGGGUGCAGAGGCGCCCAGGGGAGUAUAUUGCCCCGUGCAAAGCAGGGGCACUGGGGACUGUCUUUAGACCCUGAGGGGGUCAAGCCCCUCCUUCCCCAGCUGCCCCUUCUUCUAGAACCUCUGCACCUCUAGCCUCUGGCCCUCCUCUUCACUGCCUCCACCUGCUCCCACUUGCCAUCCCUCUCUCCUCCAUCCUGGCUGUGCAGCAGGAAUUCCAGGCUCCUCCCUGUGUCUUUGCUGUUCCUCAGACUCCAUUUAUAGAGAAUGAGGGCUGAUAACAGGAAUACAGCAGCAAAGACUAGACUGUGGAAAGGGUUCCAGAAAUCUUUUUUUCUUUUUUAAUUAAAAAAAAUAUUUGCAGAGAUGAGCUUUUGCUCUGUUGUCCAGGCUGGUCUCAAACUCCUGGGCUCAAGCGAUCCUCCCAUCUCAGCCUCCCAGAGUGCUGGGAUUGCCCACCCACAGAGUGCUUGGGUGUGAGCUACUGCACCGAGCCCCAGAAAUCUCAGCGCUGUUUGGAGCUCCGUUUCUCAUUUGAUGACUUGCUCUGCGUGGGGAGGUGGGGUCUCAUUCCCCCAGCUUCCUCAGGGAGGACCCCUGCCCUCCGCUGCUCCUGUGUCCUGCUAGCCUUCCUCCAUGAAGCAUGCUGGGUGCAGAUAAUCAGGCCAUUCCAGAGAGCCCCAAUUUAAGAGGGUCAUUUCCGUCUCAGGGGCUCCCGAGUGGGUGUUUCCGCUCUCAGUAACCCGUCUUGUUUUACCAGGAAAGAUCCAGUUAAAUCACCCACUGAGGUGACAGCUCAUUAGCGGGGAGAGAGAUGGAGCAUCGAGUGACACUGGGCCAUCCAGGCGGCUCUGCUCCCACCAGACAGGAGCCAGGCCUCACUGGCAGGGGGGCUGCCCACAGCCUUUUCAGGGGCUCGCUUGGCGGGUGACAGGGCCGCAGCCAGGCCUUCUCUCCCUGCCCCUUGGUGACCCCGUGGCUUCCUGUCUGCCAGUCUCUCCUGCUACUUCUCACUUCACCACUAACUCUCUGCCUGAGACUGGGGAAGUAAGCCGGUAUCUUCUCGGUGAGCGUAGGUUGGGGACUGUGAUCUUGAGAAGCCAUGGACCAGCAAUACCUGCUUUUCUGAAACCCCCAAGGAGGGCUCUGACAUGCUUUUAAAAAACAACACAAAGCAAAAUUCCCAGGACAUGUGUAGUUUUGUUUGUUCAACAUCCCACAACUUAAGACUGGGAGAUGGAACUCUUGGUUAAGGUCGAUUUUUCUGUCUGGCUUCUCCCACACCUUACACUUGCUCUCUGGAUCAGGCAGAUACAAACUUCCUAGCACAUUUUCAGAGAGGGCUUUCUUGGGUGAGGGAGCAUGGCGAAGUCAGUUUCUCUCUGGACUGUUUACGCUUCAAGGCUAUGGAUUUAAAGGAAUCCUGGCUUUCAUUUUCAAUGCCAGUCUAAGACAUGGUUCCCAAGCUGGGGCUCUUGUUCAGCCUACUUAUUCUGGCCACCAACAACAACCCAGGCCAGACAGAGCAUCUCUUUUUUUUUUUUUUUUUUUUUGAGACAGAGUCUCUCUCUGUCGCCCAGGCUGGAACACAGUGGCGAAAUCUUGGCUCACUAGAACCUCCGCCUCCUGGGUUCAGGCAAUUCUCGUGCCUCAGCCUCCCGAGUAGCUGCGACUACAGGCGCCGGCCACCAUGCCUGUCAGAUUUUUGUAUUUUAGUAGAGACAGGGUUUCACCAUGUUGCCCAGGCUGGUCUCGAACUCCUGAGCUCAGGCAGUCUACCCACCUCAGCCUCCCAAAGUGCUGGAAUUACAGGCGUGAGCCAGAACAUCUGUUUUUAUACCCAGAGAGCGCCCCUCAUUAGGACAGAACCACAGUGCCCAGAGCCGGGAAGCCGCCCUCCUGGCGCCCCAGCAUCUGAGCUGCUACACGUGACGGGCGGGCUCAGGAGAAGACAGGGAGUCGUGGUGGAAGUUCCACAGCUGGCCACGUGGAGGAGCCCUUGCACCGCACUGCCGCCUCCUGACUGCCACGAUACCCGCAGCUCCUGUGCCGGAUUUCUUUUCAUUUCCCUCCUCUCUCCCAGGGUACCUGGCCCCAGCACUCUCCCAUCUGUUCUUCAGGAACCGACUCCUCUCCAGUUGCAACACCAGAGAGAAAGGGGCCUCCACAUGCCCAAGUACCCCUGCAGGAUGAAGGGCAGGCCGGCCCUUGAUGUGCCAUUUCUGAAUAAUAGUCACUGCCGCCGCCGAGUCUAGGAUGUCCUGUUCUAACUCAGCCCUGCCUCGGAUGCACCACCGAUCUGUGCGGAGUGGGUGUGGGAGUGUGAGUGAGGGUCGAAAUGCCAAAGGUCUGCUUUCCAGAAUCAAGUGCCUUCUGCAAAUCACGUUGGAAAAGUCCAAACCUGGAGAUGUCCAUGUGCCUCCGCCCUUACCCACCCCUUUCCCUUCAGCUGUGUUAGGCAGGAGAAGUUUUCAGAACCCUCUAGGCUGGUGGCUUUCAAACUUCGGACCAUGAUCUGCAGCAAGAAACGUGCCUUCCAUCAUAAAUCAGUCCAUUUGUUUACAACUGUUUUCCAAGCAGCUUUCAUAAAGAAAUUCUUACCCUUAGGACCUCGGAUAUCCUCUAUUUUUUAGUUUUCAUUUUUUUAAAAUGCUUCUUAAAUUUCACUAAAUUGGGCUAGGUGCGGAUCAUGCCUGUAAUCCCAGCACUAUGGGAGGCUGAGGUGAGAGGAUCACUUGAGCCCAGAAGGUUGAAACCAGCCUGGGCAACAUAGUGAGACCCCAUCUCUACAAAAAGUUUUAAAACCAGGCAUGGUGGUGCCCACCUGUGGUCCCAGCUACUCAGGAGGCUGAGGUGGGAGGAUCACCUGAGCCCAGGAGGCUGAGGCUGCAGUAAGGUGUGAUUGCACUAUUGCGCUCUAGCCUGGAAAACAGAGUAAGACCCUGUCUCAAAAAAGAAAAAAAAAAAAAAAAAAAAGGAAAGAAAGAGUGAUGACAACAGCCCAGGGAGCAGCCCUGCUCAGAACCCAAGUCUGUAGGGUUCCAGGUUCCAGCGCUGUGUUCCCAGGCAGGCUGCUUGCCUCUUCCUGACCUGGAAGCCCUUGGUCCUCUGGUGGCGGCAGUUCCCACAGUCCAGGUUCCCUGGUGGGGACCGAUGAUUCCAUCUGCAUGGAAGCUCAUGUGUGCACUUAGGGGCCCAUAAAUGGCAGAAGGGCCCCUCCUUUGGGAGACCUUGUCAGUCAGCAUCUCUAGGGCAAGCAUGAUUGCCAUUUGUAGAGGGGAAGGAAUCAAGGGACUUUAAGCUAGAUCAAAAUCUGGGGACAAAUUCUUCUGCCACCUGCAAGUCAAAAUAGGCCCUUCUUACUGAAUUUCCCUGUUCGUUUCUCUGCAGACAAUGCUUUAGCCCUACUCUUGGGCCCCCAAAUUAGCAGAGUAAUCAAAGCUUCCUACCGUUUGGCCUGCUAUUCCAGACUAGUCCCUCAAGGGGUUCCAUUCCAAAAUUUGGAGGGCUCAGGCUCCCAACUCCGGGCCUGUCUGCUUUGCUUGUGUUUCUCCUGUCCCUGUUCUCCCGGAGGGCCCAGGUGGAACUCACGACAGGGAGGGAGAAGCUUCCCAAAAACCUGCAGGGCUAUUUCCCAGAAUUUGGUUUUCAAGUACAAAACUUUUUGUCCUGUAAGAUAUAUGCAGCCUCACAGAAGCAGCCUCUGCAUCCACUUUACCAGCUAUGUUUUUAUCUUAAGCACAUGGGGCUCCCUUAGAACUUACUCCACUGAUUAAAAAAAAAACAAAACUGCCUGGCAGCAUCUCAGUGUCAGAGUGAGCACAGCACAGGAAAGGCCCGUGGUGACGAGGGUGAGGUGGCCACAGUGACUGGACGACACCCUAGCACCCAUCCACCCUGCAAAUGAGACUCCAGAGGGUGAAGAUCUGCGGUCUCCAGACGUCAUAGGCCAUGUGACCCACUAGGGCCUGCUUACCCCUGGCCGUCCGCUGGCUGAACUGAAUGCAUUCCCUCUCUGCAACUCUCCCGUGAGGCUGCACCCGUGUGGGUAGCACUUGAAGCAGCGCUGUUUGCAUUGUACAUAGGAAGGAAGGAAGUUCUUCCAGCCUCACCAGCACCUGGCAGCGAAUCAGAGCCUGUGAGGGCAUCCGAAGCGGUGAUGCAGUAUCAACCUCCCAGCUGGUGCCACUGUGCCCUCGGGGGCUCCAAGCAUUGUAACUCAGUCAUGGGAGCUGCCUCGUUGGAAGUGCAGAUUUAUUCCUGUAAUAAUCCUGCCUGCUUUUACCUCUUGUCCACUGACCGGCAAGUGUGAGUCCCGGUGUCAGUCGGCACAGUCCAGUGUCCAUCUUCAUUUGCUCAUGCAGAGGGGGUGAGUUGGGCACUCCCUGUUCUUGGUUUUCCUUUUGCAGUGCACUGGGCAGUCUCCCUAUAAAACAAAAACCCCACCUUCUGUGCCUUCUGCUUUAGAGCAGAGCUCCCCUUCCCAUUUCCUCAGUCUUCCCUGCAAAAUCUGUCCACCAGGGAAGGCAGCAGAAACCCUGGGCAGUGGGUGUUCUGGGAAGACUAGUGACAGCAAAUGUCAUCCAGGAACAGCCACACACGGUUCUCCAGGCCGCCGUCAGCAGCUCAAGGUGGGGUAUGAGUGAGAAGCUGAGGAUCUUGCAGCUUGUUGCUGAGCAAGGUGCAACCGGGCUCAUGCUGUCAUCAGCACAAGACAGGAUGGCAAGGGCUUUCAGAUGCAUUUCUGAGAGUCCAGCAAGCCAGGGGGAAGAUGAUCCCUUUGCCGAAGCGUUCCCUCUAGCCAACUUUUGGGAGCGCUUCUGUUUGCAAAGCACUGGGGAUGUACCUGUCUCUGUGUGACCCACGCACGGGAAGGGAGAGCACUGGAGUAAUGACACUUCUGCUGCUGUUUUGAUUCUCAAGGCUGAUCUUUAAAACCCUCGCCUUGCUGUCAGGUGCUUUAAAGGCAGUCUGUAUCUUUUCUUCCCUUGGUGUGGGAGAGGUAAACACUUUGAUUUGCUGAAAGCUGUAUGGAGUAUAUUUGAACAGCUAGUAGUUAGCUUUGAAAGUGGAAGUGUGAACAGACACUGCCUGUGUCACUUUGGGUCCUUCACUUUACCCCCACAGAAGUCUAGAGGUGCCUGUUAUAAAGCAUUACGGGGCGCCUGCAUGCAGGAGGAAGGACCUGUAUUAGCUGGAAAUCAUCAGGAAUCCAGCUUGCCUCCAUCUCUCUGAGAUGUGCUGGGUACAGCCUGCCCCUCCUAGUUCUGUCCACCGGGAAGAGCUGGCUGGCAGCAGAUCCCAGGGGCAGAGCCCCUGCUGGGUCCUGGGAGCUCAUCUUUACCUGUGCCGGAGUGGGAACUGUGUUUCCAGCCGGGCAGGUCAGAUUGGAGCAGUGCUAAGAGGCUGUUGCAGGAGAACUAGACGGGCGGGGCCUGCUGCAUCUGGAUCAUGUUUCUGUGCUCUGCCCCGCGCUAGGGACUCAGGGUCUGGCCUUCUGCCAGGCGAGGAGCAGAGAGACUGUUCCCUUGGGUGGAGAGGCGUGGGCAUGAGAACCACCCACUGCCAAGCAAGAAUGUUCGUGCUUUUUUUCAGAGAGGGGAACCCCACUGGUUUUUAUGGAAACAAUGGAAACUUACAGAUGCCUGCCUGGGAUGAUGAGGCACAUUCAGAACAAAUGCUUUUUUUUUUUUUUUUUUUUUGAGACAGAGUCUCGCUCUGACGCCCAGGCUGGAGUGCAGUGGCGUGAUCUCGGCUCACUGCAACCUUUGCCUCCCGGGUUCAAGUGAUUCUCCUACCUCAGCCUCCUGAGUAGCUGGGAUUGCACCACCAUGCCCAGCAAAUUUUUGUAUUUUUAGUAGAGACGGAGUUUCACCAUGUUGGCCAGGCUGGUCUCGAACUCCUGACCUCAGGUGAUCCGUCCGCCUCGGCCUCCCAAAGUGCUGGGAUUACAGGCGGGAGCCACCAUGCCUGGCCAGAACAAAUGCCUUUUUAAACCUUUUAAAAACAUUUUUAAAAUGUCUUUUUCUAUGUCAAAUGUAACAUUUAUUUUUUUAAACAAUAAAAUUGAUUUGCCAAAA